AUGGCUGCCCCGGCGGGCUCUCUCUGCUCCUCAAUCUCCUCGGAGUGUCGCGGUUAUCCAGGCAAACAGGCAGUGAUGAUGACCGAUUAUGAUCGCCGCAAACAGAUCAGUGUUCGCGGUAUAGCACAGGUGGAGAACGUCAGCAACAUCAAGAAGGCGUUUAAUAGACAUCUACACUUUUCCAUCAUCAAGGACCGUAAUGUUGCAACACCUCGAGAUUAUUACAUGGCCCUCGCCAACACAGUCAGAGAUCACCUAGUGAGCAGAUGGAUCCGCACACAACAACACUACUACGAGAAAGACCCUAAGAGGGUCUACUAUCUGUCUCUCGAAUUCUAUAUGGGUCGUACACUUUCAAACACAAUGAUGAACCUCGGACUUCAAGCCACUGUUGAUGAGGCACUUUAUCAGCUUGGUCUAGAGAUAGAAGAGCUUCAAGAGAUCGAAGAAGACGCUGGACUUGGGAAUGGAGGUCUUGGUCGUCUUGCUGCUUGCUUUCUUGAUUCAAUGGCUACAUUGGGUAUACCAGCUUAUGGUUAUGGGCUUCGAUACGAGUAUGGAAUCUUCAAACAACUAAUAAAGGAUGGUUGGCAGAUGGAAGAACCUGAUGACUGGCUACGAUUUGGCAACCCUUGGGAAAAAGCUAGGCCAGAGUAUAUGCUCCCGGUGAACUUUCACGGAAGAGUAAUUAAAGACGAGAAAGGAAAGUCCCAAUGGGUGGAUACUCAAGUCGUCUUUGCAAUGCCGUACGACACACCUGUUCCAGGAUAUCGUAACAAUGUUGUCAACACUCUCCGGCUGUGGAGCGCCAAGGCUGAGAAUCACUUUCACCUCAAAUUCUUCAACGAUGGUGACUACGUACAAGCUGUUAUGGACCGGAAUCUUUCAGAAAAUAUCACAAGAGUGUUGUAUCCUAAUGACAAUGUAUUCAUUGGCAAGGAGCUUCGCUUAAAGCAACAGUAUUUCUUGGUAGCAGCUACACUGCAAGAUAUUAUUAGACGUUUCAAGUCAAGCAAAUACGGUUGCCGUGAUGCGAUUCGCGUUAAUUUCGACUCUUUCCCUGAUAAAGUCGCCAUCCAACUGAACGAUACUCAUCCUUCCAUCGGAAUUCCUGAAUUAAUUCGUUUGCUCAUUGACGUUGAAGGACUGCCUUGGUCCCAAGCAUGGGAUAUAUGUGUUAAGACAUUCGCUUACACAAACCAUACUCUCCUUCCUGAAGCAUUAGAAAGAUGGCCAGUAUCAAUGCUACAGUCUAUGCUACCUCGCCACCUUGAAAUUAUCUAUGAUAUCAACCAGAAGUUUAUAGAGACGGUUUCCGCGCGUUAUCCCGGCGACUUCAGCAGAAUGCGCCGUAUGUCGAUAGUCGAAGAAGCUGAUCAAUUUGGAGAGAAACGUAUUAACAUGGCUCAUCUGUGCAUAGUUGCUUCGCAUGCCAUCAACGGUGUCGCUGCAUUGCACUCGGAACUACUCAAAAGCAACACAUUCAAAGACUUCUAUGAGAUGUACCCAGAGAAGUUCCAGAAUAAAACAAAUGGUAUUACACCACGUCGUUGGCUUCUUUUGUCAAAUCCUUCACUUGCCGAUCUUAUUGCGGAGAAAAUUGGAGAAGACUGGAUCACGAAUUUGGAUGAAUUGCAAAAAUUGAAGGAAUUCGCUAAUAAUCCUAGUUUCCUCGAUCAACUUCGCCGCGUGAAGCAAGAGAACAAGAUGCGUGUUGCUCAGUACAUAAAUGAGGACUACAAUGUAGAUGUCAAUCCUGCCAGUAUCUUUGAUAUCCACGUAAAACGAAUUCAUGAAUACAAACGGCAACUAUUGAACAUUCUGCAUGUCAUUGCGCUUUAUAAUAGAAUAAAGGCAAAUCCAAACAUAGACAUGGUUCCGAGAACGUUUUUGUACGGUGGAAAGGCUGCUCCCGGGUAUCACAUGGCAAAACAGAUUAUUCGACUCAUCACUAGCGUAGGAGAGGUUGUAAACAACGACCCCAUUGUUGGUGAUAAACUGAAGGUCGUAUUCCUCGAGAACUAUCGCGUGUCUAUGGCAGAGAAGAUAAUUCCGGCUGCGGAUAUCAGCGAACAGAUCUCAACGGCUGGCACGGAAGCUUCUGGAACAGGAAAUAUGAAGUUCAUGCUCAAUGGAGCCCUAACCGUUGGGACACUCGAUGGAGCUAACGUUGAAAUGGCCGAGGAAAUGGGAAUGGAAAAUAUUUUCAUCUUUGGAAUGAACGUUAAAGAGGUUGAAGACCUACAGAAUCGCGGGUACAAUGCUGAGGAGUUCAUUAAUAAGAGUCCAGUCUUAAAGCAGAUAGUCGAACAAAUCGAGGCUGGCAUGUUCACUCCAGAACAACCGGAUCAGCUACGUGAUCUCACUAAUAUGUUGCGGCGUCAUGAUAGAUUCCUAGUUUGUGCCGACUUUGAUGCGUAUAUUGCAUGCCAGGACAAGGUAGCCGCAACAUACCGAGACCAGGAAAAGUGGUGCCGAAUGGCGUUAAUGAACAUCGCUUCCACUGGCAAAUUUAGCACGGAUCGAACCAUCAUGGAAUAUGCCCGUGAAAUUUGGGGAAUUGAACAUGGGGAGACCGCCCUACCAGCCCCUUAUGAGCACAUGGAUGGAGUGGAAAACCCACAGUAA